AUGCCCAGUCUUUCCUACUCCAACUCGAGCCAAUUUGGCUCUAAACAACCGCGCUCAUCGCUAUGGGCCAAAUUGACGCUGUUCAGCCCCGUAGCAGCUCUCUGGACACAUAUCGUGUUCUUCACCACGACCAACGACGCGUUUUUCGACAAUGCGAUUGGGUGUAAUGCUACCAACCUCCUCUUUGUCUCGUUCAGAUUGUUGGUGGUCGAGGGAAAUCGAAUCGGGCAUGUGGUGACACCAUCAACGAUGUUCUGGCAGAGACUCAAAUGGGCGUACCGUGUGCGGACGUCUCCCAGAACUCCUCUACGAAACCUAACAAGUCCUAAAGAAACACCAUCGACAUCAGCCAAACCAACAUCCCAAACGCGUUUUAUCCAAACCCGCAUCCUCCUCCUCACAUCCAACUUCCUCGCCCUCGACAUCCUCAACGAACUAACUCACCGAUUCAACCCAUACUUCACCGACCCCUCCCACCGCCUCACCCGCGCCCCAUGGAAGUACCGCCUCACCGUGUUCUUCCACCCGGCUAUGGUAUACGCGGGGUUGAAUUGUAUGUACUACCCCUGGUGCAUCGCGUCCGUUUGGUUAGGCGCGAGUGAACCGGAGGAGUGGCCGUAUUUGUUUGGAGAGGUUGGAGAGGCGUGGAGUGUUUCUGGGUGUUGGAAUCGGUUCUGGCACCAGGUGAUGCGUGGGCACCUCAAAUCGAACUCCUCGUUCGUCGUGAAGGAUAUCCUAGGUUUCAGACCCGAAUGGGUGUGCACGCACUACCUCGAGAUCGCAAUUGCAUUCCUCUUCUCUGGGUUAAUGCAUGUUGCCGGGGAGUACAUGGCGAAUAGAGGUCGUACGGUCUCGUACGGAGCACUCAUUUUCUUUGCUCUGCAACCCCUCGCUCUGGCUCUGGGACGCAUUCUCAGUGGUCUAAGCGGGAGAUUGGGGUACAAGCCACGUCCGAUCUUCCUCAAAGCACUGGGCUAUGUGUGGGUAGUCACUUGGUUCACGUUCUCGUUGCCGCUAUGGGUGGAACAACUCAUGCGAGCGGGGUUCAUGACCUCGUGGUCAAACAUACCUCGUGGUAUAACCCGGACGGUCAUUCAGUCCCUCUUCCGUGCAUUGGCGUGACAAAUGUAGACUACUUAGAUUUCCAGCAAAGGUAGUUGUAUACUCGAGUAAAUGGAUGUAGUACUUGAUAC